GUUACACACAAGUGCAACCCGUUAGCGUUGCCUACUCUUUGAGGGGUUGGUGUGCAGUGUGUUGAUUGACCAAAUAAACACUCUGUCAAAUACACAGCUCUAGCGCCCACUCUCUGCGAGAAGUUUGUCAUGCACGGUCUUCUUCAAAGGCAUCUUUGUGCAAUCAACAAUCCUCCUAUCAAACCCUCAUCAUCCUCUAAUAUCACCCAAACAUGUCAUCAUCAGUAGAACCAGUGGAUAUCGUAGCAUUACGUAAAAAGUUCGAAAAAGCCGGACAAUCACACGUUUUUCAUUUUUGGGAUGAUUUAAAUCCUGACGAUCAAGGUGCUCUGGUUGAACAAUUAUCAGAAUUGGACGUCGAAAGAGUGAAUUCGGUUUAUAAACGUGCUUUAGAAGGUGAAGAAGAAAUGAAACAAUUAGCAAACAGUAAAUCAAAAAUUGAACCUCCAACACCGGAAAGUACAACAAGUCUCGCACCUGGAUCUUCUGAGGAGAACGGUUUACGUGAAUUCGGUUUAGACGCAAUCGCUGCUGGCAAAGUGGGUGUCUUGUUGUUGGCUGGCGGUCAAGGUACACGAUUGGGAUCAUCAGCACCAAAAGGAUGUUACGAUAUCGGCUUGCCAUCUCACAAAAGCUUGUUCCAAUUACAGGCGGAGCGUAUCCUGAGAUUACAAGAAUUGGCCGGAAAGAGAGCACAUAAAUCUGGCAAAGAUGUUGUGAUUACAUGGUUCAUCAUGACUUCAGGUCCUACAAGACAGCCAACAGAAUCAUAUUUUGCACAAAAUUCCUACUUUGGACUUGAUAGCAAAAAUGUCAUCUUUUUCGAGCAAGGAACUUUACCAUGUCUAACGAUGGACGGAAAGAUCAUGCUAGAUGCUCCUCACAAGGUCGCAACGGCUCCCGACGGCAACGGCGGCAUUUACAGGGCUCUCCGACAACAUCUACAUAAAGGAUCAAAAGACAGUGUCUUGUCGAUUUUAGCCGAUCGCAAGAUUGAAUACUUACACGCAUAUGGAGUAGACAACUGUCUUGUCCGAGUUGGAGAUCCUGUCUUUAUCGGAGUGAACGUUCAACGGGCACAACAAAUCGCAACCGAUGGUGGCAGUCCUCAUCAAACAGGAGUCAAAACAGUCAAGAAAGUUGAUCCCAAGGAGAGUGUGGGAAUCGUAGCAAGGCGCGAUGGUCAUUGGAGUGUGAUCGAAUAUUCCGAAAUUCCGGCAGAAUUGAGCGCAGCAAGAGAUUCUUCCGGUAAUUUGCUCUUGCGUGCGGCAAACAUUGUCAAUCACUUUUACACUUCUGCAUUUUUGACAAACGAUGUUGAAGCAAUCGAAGCAAAGAUCCCGUUCCACAUUGCACGCAAGAAGAUCCCAACGAUUGAUCUUGAGAGUGGAAAGACUGUCAAGCCUAGCACGCCUAAUGGAAUGAAGUUGGAAAUGUUCAUCUUUGACGUAUUCCCACAUCUUAAAUCGGAUUUGGUGGUUCAUGAAGUAGAACGACCAUCAGAGUUCAGUCCAUUGAAGAAUGCACCAAACACAGGUGUGGAUGAUCCACAAACAUCAAGACGCGAUCUGCUGGCUUUGCAGAGAUCUUGGUUGCAACAAGCAGGAGCGACGUUUGCUGAAGGCGUAGAAGUGGAAGUCAGCCCGUUGGUUAGCUAUUCGGGAGAAGGAUUGGAAGCUGUCAAAGGACGACACUUUGACAAGAGCACUGUCAUUGACAGUCUUUAGAAUGUAUGGUGGAAGAGCGUUGGACAGCAUGUCAUUUUAGGUAACCUAUCAAAUAUAUCAUCAUCAUUACAGAAACGAAUCAUUUACAAGAAUGAGACCGAGGUUGUGAAAUUGAGGGUAUAGAUUGGUAGCGGGCGGCUACUUUCUUUUGGAGAUCAAAGCUCUCUUGCG